ACCGAACUAAUAAUCUUUUAUCAAUUCAAUUCGCUUGCAGACCACAGCCAUUAACAUUGGGCGAGAGUCAGACCAUGGCCAUUCUGUGCUCCUCAGGGACAACUGGUCUACCGAAAGCUGUUUGCAUGGCGAAUUAUAUACUAAUACAUUUUAUUGAUAUGCCAAUCUAUACAAGCGAAGUGGUCACCUUUUCCUAUUCUGGUCUAGAUUGGUCAUCUGGCUUAAUUCAAAUGCUUCUUAGCAUGGCAAUCGGUUGUACUCGCAUAAUAACGAAUAGGCCACAUAAUACCAAAGAUCUGGUUGAAAUGAUUGAGAAAUAUAAAAUGAAUGCAGUUGUUUUGGCAGCUCGCCAAGUCUCCGAACUGGUGGACUAUCCUUUGGUAAAUUCAGAGCGUUUGGCCAGUCUACGUUCUGUACUGAUCGGUGGCAGUUCGCUAUCGACAAGGACUCUUGUGAAAAUGGAACAAUUAGCCAAGUCGGCAUUGUUAUAUUUUGUGUACGGGACAACUGAGAGUGGAGGAGUCACUGCUAGUUUCUCGACUAAGAAAUUUGGCAAUACUGUUGGCAAAUUGAUCCCUGGCACCCGAGUGCGUAUUGUCUCUGAUGAGGGUGUUAAUCUAGGACCGAAAGAUAUAGGCGAAAUCUAUAUACAUAAUGGCCAUCAACAAUGGUUGGGCUACUAUGGCAAUCCGCUGCAGACCCAAAAGACUUUUGAUUCUGAAUCUUGGUUUCACACCGGCGAUUUGGGAUACUUCGAUGAAGACAAUAACCUUUAUAUAGUCGAUCGUAAAAAGGAUAUUUUCAAGUGCAAGGGUUUCCAUUACUGGCCCAGUCAGAUUGAGGAUGUUAUAGCCGAAAUGCCCGAUGUUCAGGAAGUGUGUGUUGUCGGUAUCUAUGAUGAACGUAUUGGCGAUGCUCCCGCUGCCAUGGUAGUGCCACGGAAAGGCGCUCUUAUAGAUGAGGAUCAUAUCAAACAGCAUGUUGCCAAUGUUCUUGUGGCCGAUUAUCUGCAACUUCAUGGAGGUGUUUACUUUGCGGAUGCUCUACCACAAAAUAAUAAUGACAAAAUCAUUCGGCGGGAAGUUAAAGAGGCCAUUAUAAAGGCAAAACAAAGUGUCAAAUGAGAUCUG